AUGGAGACUAGUAAAAAUGGUAUUGUAGAAAAUCCACACUUUACUGUUAAUUUAGUCAAUGGUGCCAGCCUGACUGAAGGCUACAUCGGAAAUGGGGUAUCACUUAAUGGAAUCGAUCAACACGUUCAUAUUGAGCCCAAGGCAGAAGAUUGCAUCUAUGAUUUGGACAAGUGUAUCAAUGGUUUAACUACAUCAGUCUGGCUGAAUCCAAGAGACCUGAAAGGGAAGAAGUAUUUCCUCUCCAGUCCAGCAUAUUCCUUAUAUUCAGAAAAUGGUGAGCUACAUGCCAAGUUCUUUAAUGGUACACGUUCCUGGUCAGUCGUUACUCCUAAACUCAAAACCAACAAAUGGCAACAUGUUGUCCUAAGCUGGGAUCCUUACAGAGGCCUAACCAUGUAUGUAGAUAAGGAAAAGGUGGCAGUGACUGGCACAUCUGAGGCUUAUACUCCCAGAGAUGAUCCUGCUGCUGGUGAAGGUAUUUAUAUUGGAACUGACCUCAGCACCCAUGAGCGUUAUCAUGCCAACAUAAGUGUUGAUGAGCUGAAAUACUACCGGACGAAUGUCAAUGGUAUCACAAAAGGCUACGGACCCUUCCUCACAGCUGAUGUGCCAGAGAAGUUUUUCCGCUUUGACCGUCUCCUCAUUCCUGGAGUUGCCUUUUUUGGUUCUCCUGAACUGACAACAGGAAGUUAUGGAAAAGUUCUGAGGCUGAAUGGUAUCAAUCAAUAUGGUAAUCUAGGAUUGCACCGAUGGCAUUCGACAGAAUCUAAAACAACUAUGGGACGUUCUUUAAGUGGUUCAAUUGAUGAUCGUUUCUUAAAUGGAUUGGUGGAGCGAAUUGAACUGUGGAGGAGGAGGAGAUCAAACCAACUUCCCACAAUUAUUGUACCAACAGCGAAUACUCGAAAUGAAAGGAGAUGGCAGGUUCCACCUGCAAGAAAAUGGCUGACUUUGAGUGGAAACUACUUCUAUGCAUUUAACCUAUCUACAUUCAAACCUGACUAUUUGGUCCGCAGCUCAAAUGAAACAUUCAAGUUCAUCUUUAGAAAUGAUCCUUCACAGAGGGAGGGUGUUCUAUGGUAUGCUUCCAAUCCAGAAAGAACGAUGUUCCUGAUUUUGAAAGAUGGAAAUCUUUACUUUAUAAGUGAAGGUUCUGAUGGUCGCAGAGAAAAGAUCCCAAUGAACAAGCCAACAAGUAUUCGUUUUGAUGAUAGCACAGAUCAUGAAGUUGAAUUAAGACGGGAAGGAUCACAGAUUUAUUGGAUUGUUGACGGCAUCUACAAAAAAGAAUUUCGUAUCCCGAGCAACAUGGCAUUCCUUGACCACCGAGACUAUGUAUAUGUUGGAGGCACUCCUGACAAUAGUGCAUUCACUCAGGGGGAAACUAAUAAAAAUUUCAAAGGUAUAAUCCAAAGGGUUGAAUAUGAUACUGCACGGUCUCACCUGGAUCUGAUCUCUACAUCAUCUGCAACAUCAACUACUGACACCACUGUUGUAAUCCCUCACGUAACUUCAAAACCACCCAAAAGAGAUUCAUUCUCACCUGUGACAUUCUCAACAUCUGAAAGUUAUCUGCGAACUCACACCUGGGACAUACGAAACCGAGGUGGAGAAAUCAAGUUCAAAUUUCAGACAAAUGAUCCCCAUGGCCUCUUGCUUUUUAAUGGUGAUCGCAAAUACUUUAUUGCGCUUGAGUUAUUCGAUGGCGACCUGUAUAUUGUCUACAAUUUUGGCAGUGGUACAAAUCGAGUGAAAUUUUCUGAUGAAGUUGUCAUUGAUGGCAAUCCACAUGAUGUCCGAAUAAGCAUUGACCCUCUGCAGAGUUAUCUUGAGCUUCAGAUUGAUAGUUUCCGAAAGAGGGUUGACCUCUCAAAGAAUGACCACUUUGUUAAUCCAUUCCCUGGAGAUAUGUACAUUGGCUGGGUGGGCCCAAACAUAGAAAGACGUCUACCUUGGGCCCUCUUCUCUUCAAAAGGUUUCCGUGGAUGCUUGAUAGAAUUUGAGGUGAACCGUAGACGAGAUGCUCUUCGACAUGACAGUGGUUCCAACUAUGGUAUUAUAAAAGAGUGCCGGUCUAUUAGACAUCAGUGUGAUGUCAAUACUUGUAAGAAUGGGCUGUGUCGUGACUAUUGGAAUAGAUACAUUUGUGAUUGCUCAAACACUCCAUACACUGGGCCCAAUUGUGACAAAGAGGCUCCAAUUGCUGUAAUUGAUGGACUCAAGUAUGCUUACAUAACAUAUGAAGAAACUCAGGCAAGUCACGUUGAUGAUAUAUCAAUGAGAUUCCAGACCCCACUUAAAAAUGCAACCUUGUUCCACACCACUGCCAAAAAUUCUACAGACAGUUUGGAUGUCAGCUUGGUGAAUGGGGAAGUUGUUUUGGUCAUCACUGUCAAUGGAAUUACAAGAAGACUAAGAACUGGAAAACAAUUGAAUGACCAAAAUUGGCACACUCUUUACAUCCGCAGAAGAGCCAAUCAAAUAUACAUGUGGGUUGAUGAUGGUGCUGCGGUUACAAAAACCAUCAAGUCCAAAAACUUUAAGUUCAAUGUCAAUAAAGUUGACAUUGCUGCCCGCCCUAAGGAUCUGUCUGGUAAACCUACCAACAACUUUAUUGGUUACAUGCAGAAUUUUCACUAUAACAACCUUGACAUUUUCAGUAAGCUGAAAUCUGAUCCUAAACCAGUCCUUGUCUUUAUCUAUGGAGAAACCUCGCCAGCACUGGUCUACCAUGCAGUGACCUUCCCAACACAAGAAAGCUUUAUUGAGAUGCCAACUUUAGAAGCCCCAACAACCAUGAAACUUGACUUCAUGUUCAAAACAAAAGAAUCCAGUGGUCUCCUUCUCUAUAAUGGUGGAAGCAACAAUGAGUUCAUUGCUUUGGAAUUACAAGAUGGCUACCUAGCAAUGGUCUACAAUAUGGGCAGCUCACCAACAUCCAUCUACUUCCAAACACCAUACAAACUGAAUGAUAACAAAUGGCACUAUGUGAGCAUUGAUCGAGUGACUCCUCAACGAUGGAAUAUGAAGGUUGACAACAGCAAAGUCGUGUCUACGCAGGACAAGUUGGAAACACUUGAUGUGGAUGGACCAUUGUAUAUUGGAGGAGCACCAAAAAGUGUCUUUAUGAAAAAUGAAGUGACAAAAUUGCGUUCAACUCAUGGCUUACAGGGAUGCAUUGCCUCUCUUAAUUUGAACGGUAACAUUGCCGAUAUUUAUGCUGCUACUGACAAGCAUCCCGGUGUCUUGAAAGGAUGCCAAAACAUAUCUAUGCUUUGUCAGCCCACAACAUGUGCUAAUAAUGGUAUUUGCAUUCAAAAAAAGAAUGGUUUCGUCUGUGACUGCAGUGACACUACAUAUACAGGAACACGGUGUACAGAACAGACAAUUGGUUAUUAUUUUGGUGAAAAGCAUUUAGAUGGCAUGAUUAUCUACACCUAUCCACAUGAUCAGCGUCUUGAUUCAGCAGAAGAAACUAUUUCAUUUGGUUUUAUGACAAAUGACAACGAUGGAACUCUUACCCGAAUCACAAGCAGUGUCAACAAAGAUUUUAUUGAAAUCAAACUGGUGGAUGGAAAACUUGUCGCAAUGUACGAUACAGGACCCCAAGUCCAUAUUCUGAGGAUGGUUGGAAACUACAGUGAUGGUGCAUACCAUACAGUCAAGUUCCGCCGGACUUUGGCAAACUCAAGUUUAAUUGUUGAUGAACAGACACCAGUAACCAGUACACAUCAAGACCAAAUCCCCAGUUACUUUGACAAGCUUACAACAAUUGCAAUUGGAGCUAGAGAAAGGACAUCAACUAAUGAUUACAUCAAUCCCUUCCAUGGCAUCAUAGCUGGUUAUUAUAUCAACAAUCUGCAUCCAUUUGAGAAUACGGGUAAAGGAAACAGUUUAGGAAUCUCAUCUGGUGAUGCAGAAAUUGCUAUUCAUCCUUUCACUUUGGGACCGAGUAUUCCACCAAUCAAGCCUGAAUUUUCUAAAGUUACAACAACGCCUUCAGUUACAACUACUGGGAGUAGCGGCAUAACCAUUAUACCAGUAGGAACUCCAGAAGCCAUUUCAGGAAUUUUGGUUGAAUCAGAUGAUGAUGGUGGUCUUGGAGUAGCAGUUGAUGUUCCUCAUUAUGCACCCAUAAAGGCGGGCCCCUCUAUUUUAGGAGGUGCUGGUAACUCUGAUGGGGUUGUUUCUGCUGCUUUUCUUGCUGGAGGUGCUGGUGGGUCUGGAAGUGCAGGUGGUGCUGCAGGUGCAGCUGCUGGUAGCAGAGCAGGUGCAGCUGCAGGAACCUUCCUGGCUUUACUAACUCUAGGUGCAGGACUCACGUGGGCAUUUGUCCACUGUAAACCGGGAAUGUGCUCACCAUUCGGUGGUGGUGGUGGCGGCGGUGGCGGAGGAGGAGGUGGCGGAGGCCCAUCCAUUUCAUCUCCUGGAAUCACCGCACCUUUAAUUCAGCAAUCAGCGGGAGGGGAAGGAGGAGGUGGUGGUCAGGCCAAAGUUCAAGUUGUUAACGGUAGUGCAGCUGGUGGAGGAGGUGGAGGAGGAGGGAGUAGCUCUGGAUUUACUUACCUCAACACUGGUUCAUCAUACAGUGGCGCCAGUUCUGGUCAAGCUGGUGACAGUGCUACCCUCCGUGUGACGGGAACAUUCUCCAAUAAAGGAACUGCUAUAGGAACCCCAAGGCAAGGACGGUCAGUUACUGCACAAUCUUCUGGGUACUCAUCUCAACAGAACACUCUCAAUGUCCACUCAGCUAGUGCAGGGUCUGGGUUCACUUAUAUGGAUGGAUCCUCUGCUGUGGCAAGUGGCUACGGAGGAGGGAUUACAAACUAUGACAGAUCAAUGGCCAACUACAACUAUGAUUCGUCGUCAUACAUGGGCGGUGGAGGUGGAGGUGGUGUAGUUGGUGGAGUUGGUGGAGGUGGUGGAGGCAGUAUUUCUCAUCAACAAUUUGAUAACACAAUGUAUUCAUCACUUGGUGUAGAUGGAAAAUCAAAUAUGCAACAAGAUGUUUUCUCCCACAAUACUCUAGAAGCCUCUGGUUAUUCCUCGUCGACCAACACACUUUCAUCCUCAUACCACUAUCAAAUGAAAUCAUAUGCAGCCCGUAAUGAAUCCUCAUCAUCCUAUAUGAAUAACUACAAUGCUUCAACAAUGGGUGGUUCCCCGCCUGCACUACCUGGGCAGGUUGUCAUCGCUGAUGGUGUGCGUGUUGACUGUUGCCUGAUGACCAGUGAUGGGAACAGCGUGGUCACAGGAUCCAGCACUGGUGCCCCUCAAGUUUGGGAUAUGCAGUCGGGAGAACUUCUCCGUGCUAUGCAGGGUAAUGUUUUAGGUGCUUCCAAUCUUCAUCUGGCCUACAAUGGUCAAUUGCUUGUUGGCAGUGUCAACAUGGACAACCUUGGAGUGAAUGAGUUUUCGACAAAGAAAGGAGUGACAAACAGGAACCUUCAGAUCUGGGACUUUGAUUCUGGAAGACCUCUAGUAAUGCCAGGAGAAGAAUAUUGUUCUGCCCUGCAAGUUAUGAGUGAUGGAGAUAAGGUGGCCCUGGGGCGAACUGACAAGCUUGGAAAUAGUACGAGCGUCAUUGUGUGGGAUCUCUUGGGCAAUCAGCCAAUUAAAGAGAUGCGUUAUGAAGCAAGCGUUGGCAAUAAUGACUACAUCAGUUUUCUGAGUCUGUCACAGAAUAACAGAUAUGCAGUGGCUGGCUUCCAGAACACAAUGGAUGGCAGUGCUGAAUUUGUGGUUUUUGAUAUGACACUGACCAGCUACAAUGUCGUUGAACCUAGCAUACUGAAGAUGAAUGCUAACCCUGAAUGUACGGCUAUUCUCAAAAAUGAAGCAGUCACUGGUCUGAAAAAUGGUGACUUAGUGGUUUGGAACUUGCGUAAUGGCCAGCCACUCCGCCAAAUGUUGUCAGCCUCUGGUAAUCAUGCUCACAAUGCAGAGGUUACUGCUGUGGCACUCUCAGAAGAUUCUAGUACAUUGGUGUCAGCUUCUGCCGAUAGCACAAUCAAAGUUUGGGAUAUGUCUAACGAGACACUAGUUAAUACCCUCAUCGGUCAUACAGGCGAGGUUUCUUGUGUUGCCAUUUCUCCAGACAAUGAGAUUAUUGCAUCUGGUUCCCAGGAUGGCAGUAUUAGGCUUUGGCGUACUCAAACAGGAUCCCAGUUUUGUUCUUUCAACACCAAUAUGGAUGUAUUCUUUGUGACAAUGAGCCGAGAUAAGGGAACUAUUGUUGCUCUUGGAGACAAAUUUGGUGCCCGCAAGUUGAUCAUGUUGCAAGUUGUACGCUCCAAGGUACGACGACAAGUGCAGACAUGA